CCGUAUUUAAAAAAAAAUAAAUUUUUGUAACCAACAAGAAUAAGGCCAUAAUGACUCAGCAGAACGGUUUGUUUCCUAUAAAUAACGCAUGGUCUCUAACAACCGCUUGUCCACCGAAUCUACCACCUCCGGGAGAAUAUAAUUGGAAUUACGAUAAAUACUUGUAUGAUGAACCUCCUAGCUAUGACAAUUGUGAUAACUUCGCUGCAUGUGGAAGCACCUAUUUCCAACAACCUUGCCGCCGUCGCGCUAUUCGUCCAAGAUCUUGGUUUGGGCGCCAAAUAGGUCCGCCAGAAAGCGCUACCACCUACAAUUGCUCUUUUUACAAAAAGUCCUACAGCAAACGCUGUCCAAUAUGGCCCAGAAAUCAAUUGCAACGCUCGUAUGCGUCACCACCGCGCUGUACAAUGAAUCAGUUGUCCUAUACGUAUCGGUUGAAACAUAAUAUGUGGUAUUGA